AAACAUGAGUAAAUUGAGAAUCGAAAGUGGAUGGGGUUACGAUAAAUUUGGAAACAACAAGGACACCAAGUUGGGAUUACAAGAAGUUGAUGACGAUGAUAAUGAGAAGGUAAAGCGUAAAGAAAUAUGUAAAUGGUAUCCACCAAAUGAUAAACAGAAACAACAGGGAAUCAGUGUGGUGAUCCAGUGCCAAAAGGCUGUGAAAAAGAUUUCCUGGCACAGAAAGGGAGACUACUUUGUGACAGUCUCUCCCGACGGAAGAAACAAUGCGGUAGUAAUCCACCAAAUCUCCAAGCAUUUGUCACAAUCUCCAUUCAGAAAGUCUAAGGGUAUAGUAAGUGACUGUAAGUUUCAUCCUUUCAAACCUCAGUUAUUUGUUGCCUAUCAGAGAACCAUUAAGAUAUAUGACUUGGGACAACAAGUGCUUAUUAAGAAGUUGAUGCCGGGAGCCAGAUGGUUAUCCACAAUUGACAUUCAUCCAAGGGGUGACAACUUGUUGGCAUCUUCGUAUGAUAAAAGAGUAUUAUGGCAUGACUUGGAUUUGAGCAACACCCCUUACAAGACCUUGAGAUACCAUAAUAAAGCCGUAAGAAGCAUUGUGUUCCACAAGUCUAAUCUUCCAUUGUUUGCCAGUGCAUCCGACGAUGGUAUCAUUCAUGUGUUUCAUGGAACCGUUUAUGAUGACUUGAUGACCAACCCAUUAUUAGUGCCUUUGAAAAAAUUAUCUGGUCACAAGGUGGUCAAUAGUUUGGGUGUUUUGGACUUGAUCUGGCAUCCUAAGGAGCCAUGGUUGUUCAGUGCCGGUGCCGAUGGAACUGCUCGUUUAUGGACUACAUAGAUAAAUAAUAAUUAUAAUUAUACUAGCUAUUUCAACUUGUACCCUUUCAAGAAGGUUAGGCCAUCGUACUGAGCGACAAAAACAUUGUGCUCAUUGGCCUGCUCCAUUUCUUCAUAGAUCAUUUUGAUGUUAUCCACAACUCCAACAUUCUGAGGAUGUAAUACCCAUUGCCUCUUCUUGAACUCCAAUAUACCUUCUCUAGUAGACUGGGUUUUGUAGUUGUUGCAAACCUCUUUCAGAACACUUCCGGUGAACAAGUACACACCUCCUAAGUCCUCCUCUUUGUUGAACCAUCUUAAAACUCCUCUUGAUAUAUAAUUGUCUAUAACGAGACCCGUCUCUUCUUUGGUUUCUCGGAUAAUACACUCCAAGGAGGACUCACCUGGUUCUAGCUUGCCGCCAACACCAUUCCACUUUCCCAUGUGUGGAGGUUUCUCGCGGUUGAGGAAGAGAAUAGUAUCUGUUUCUUUGCAUUCAAUGAAGCCAAGGGUGUAUUUAUAGAGAGGAACAGUCAUGGUGAGUCGCGGUUGAAAUUAUUCACCUCGCUUUUGCGUCUUAGUGAAGGGGACGUGUACGGGGAAAAAUGGACACGAAAUAGCUUCAGCUCUAGCCAACGAUGAUGGAGGUGGGGAUUGUAUGAGUUAACUGGUUUGUUGUGCUAGUUUUCAAUUUUGUGAAUGCCUUUAUUUAAUUGCAGCAAAUUUAUACGUUUGUUAAUAAUGAGUAGUUUUCGCAGUUUUUGCAACUGAAGUGAAAAAUAAGAAACAAGGAAGAGUAGGAUAUACUAAUAGAAUAUUGUUAAUACACCUAAAAUCAACAAAAACCUUCUGCUCUACUAGUAACGGCGAGAAUAGCAAGGGGCCAGUUUACUGCUUUUUUAUGUCUCUUCUGACCCUCCAAAUCUUGUUACACCAAAAUAGGUCGUGUAUGCACAACAAUACCCCGGAGAUCGCUGUCUAGCACGAAGAGUUUUGAAGGACUUAUAAUUGAUACCAGUUAAGGCAGUCGACACACAAAGCAAGAGCCACCAAUACUCGAAUUCUGCCCCCAGCGUGUGAAACUUAAGUUCUAUACGCCACUACUAGCACAAAAUGCCUUCCCGUCCAAACGAAAUGAAUUCUUCUCAUUUCACAGUGCCACAAUCAAUACCAAUUCGCAGCCACAAUCAGUAGCUAGUUCUGACCCAUCGAAGCCGUCCUACUACACGUCCUGAAAAUAUAUCCUCCCUUAACCCACCACCAGGCGGCUGCCGGCGUGCGCCCCAAAAGUGUGGACAACCCCACGUUCCAUGACAGGUUGUGAUUAUUCUCAACUGCACUACUAACACCGAUAGCCCCACCUAUUAGAACACCCCUCGUCAGGUCAACCCCUCUUAAACCAAAACAUAAACACUCCAAUGAAGUGUGGAGCAGACCGCCACCUCAAGC